UACAGACCUGAUCCCUAGAUACAUACACGUGAUGGUAGUAAAGCUCGGAAAUAUUUCGCGUAAAUGACGCGCCUCGAGUGUUAAUCAUGAUCUGACUGUCUCACUUCAUACACGUCCACAGACAUGGUCGGUGACAGGUUUCCUAAACUCGCGGUUCUCAUUGAUGCGGACAAUGCACGGCCAUCCAUUGUUAAUUUCAUACUCUCUGAAAUCGCGAAAUGUGGUACAGCUCAUGCAAAGCGGGCAUAUGGGGACUCGACUAGACCAAAUCUAUAUAAUUGGAAGGAUAAGCUCCUUGAGCAAUUGAUCCAACCAAUCCAGCAGUUCGCGUAUACCUACGGUAAGAAUAUGACCGGCUCUGCUAUGAUUAUAGACACGAUGGAUCUUCUGUACUCUAGCCGGUAUAAUGGGUUCUGCCUUUAUAAGACAUCCAAGCCCUUCGUCACUACCUGCGACAAAUUUAUAUACACUGAAAACUUCGUGCGUUUCAAUAAGCUUGUGCCGCAUGCUGACAGAGUUAUUGGGCCUGAAAGUCAUUCGUCGACCCUACUGACUCAAAAAGAUAGCUACUUAGCAGGCCAGUUACAAAUGACAGCAAGGCUCUCUAUUGUUGGCUAUCUUCUCACAAAAAAUUACCCUGACUUCGACUCGCAUAGCUAUGGAUAUCAUAAGCUCAGUGAUCUUAUCACUGCCUCAUCUUUGUUUGAAACUGCCCGCCGCUCCUUACGAGAGGGCUUACCCACAGAGAUCAUCGUACGCGAUAAGCGUCGGAUGCCUAAGAGUUCUGCUAAAUAG